AUCCUUAAACAUCAAAGCCAGACCGAGACUGCAAAGACCAAGAGAGUGCUCAUUCUCGCUCUCUCUCUCUCUCUCUGUGUGCAAGAAGCUAAUUUGCUUUCGCAUCAAGUCAUAACGUAAACCCCUUUCAACUUUCUUCGGCGAUCAAAUCCAAAUACUUCACACUCUCCUAUUCAUUUUCAGCAUCUCCAAGCAUGGCGGAUCAGCACUCUGAUGAAGGUUCCAGUGCUGGAAAUGUUUCUGGGGAAAGCUCAGAUUCAACUGUCAAGCUCAAUAUCAAGACUCUUGAUUCCCAAAUUUACACUUUUGAAGUGGAUAAAAAUAUGCGUGUUUCAUCGUUUAAGGAGAAAAUAGCUAAUGAAACUACUGUCCCAGUUGGUCAGCAACGGCUGAUUUUUAGGGGAAGGGUCUUAAAGGACGAUCAUCUUCUUUCUGAAUACCAUGUGGAAAAUGGACACACAUUGCAUUUAGUGGAAAGGCAGCCAGCACAGUCUCAACCUUCAUCUGGUCCAGGUACUGGAGAGACAACUGGGAAUGAUGGUAAUAGAGGAAAUGAUUCCAGUGCUGGCAACCCUCGUAAUCGAAUUGGGCAAGUUUCCCACAGUGUAGUUCUUGGGACCUUUAAUGUUGGGGAUCAAGGUGAAGGCGUUGUUCCUGACCUUAGCCGGGUUAUUGGGGCAGUUUUGAAUUCAAUAGGACUGGGUGGCCAGACUACAACUGCUGGUAAUCCUGGCACGCAGUCUACCGCGCCAAAUGCUCCCGGUCAGCCUACUCAAGGAAACGAAACAGAAGGGAUGCGUGGUAAUGUUGGAGGCCAGGCCCAAACAGGAAAUCAAGCACAGUCUGGGCAGGCAUUUUCUAGUCAGCCAUUCCAAUCUUUACCUCAAGUUGUGCAAAUCCCACUGGCUGCAGCAGCAGUACCUGUUCCUUCCCUUCAUAUGCCUAUCCCUGAUUCAUUGAACACUCUCUCUGAGUUUAUGAAUCGCAUGGAGCAGACACUGUCUCAAAAUGGGUAUCAGCCGAAUGCAUCUUUGACUAACUCCCGUGACCUACCAAGGGUGGAAUUACCUUCCAGCGCACGGGGGUUGCCUUCACCUGAAGCAUUGAGCAUUGUCCUGCGUCAAGCAGAACGGCUUCUCAGUGGUCAUGCUGUUGCUGCACUAUCUCAUAUUGCAGGACGCUUGGAGCAAGAGGGAUCUUCUUCUGAUCCCACUAUAAGGGGCCAAAUACAAGCAGAAUCAAUGCAAUUGGGAAUCUCAAUGCAACAUCUAGGUGCCCUUCUUCUUGAGCUUGGCCGCACGGCUUUGACACUGCGAAUGGGACAGUCUCCUGCAGAAUCUGUUGUAAAUGCUGGGCCUGCAGUGUACAUAUCUUCAUCAGGCCCUAAUCCUAUAAUGGUUCAGCCGUCUCCUUUUCAAACCAGCUCCCUCUUUGGCGGUUCUGUUCCUCAGCCAAAUCCCAUGACUUUGGGUUCUGUUGGUAUUGGGAAUGCCCCAAGGCACAUCAACAUUCAUAUACAUGCUGGUACUUCCCUAGCGCCAAUUGUUUCAGCGGUUGGUACAAGGGCAAGUAAUGCGGAAGGAACACAGGGAGAGCACCGUAAUGGUGCUGGUUCUGGUGAUUCAGGUGCAACAAGGGUGCUACCUCUGAGAAGUGUCAUUGCGACGGCUGUCCCAUCACGCCCUGGUGGUGUUGCAAAUUCCGGUGUAGCUCAACCUGGACUAGUUUCUGUUUCACAGCCACCUUCUGAUUCUGUUUCACUAUCCUCUGUUAUGUCUGAAGGAUAUUCUCGAUUUAGAAAUUUAAUUGGAAAUAUGCAAGGAGAUAACAUGGUUUCAUCAGGUCAAGUAGAAUCAACUGUUCAAAGUUCAUCUGGUCAAUCAGGUGCAGGUAGUGAUGUAGGGAAUGAACAUCCAAAUACCUUGACAGCCAACUUGAUCAACAGAGUUGGGGAAUCAGAUGCAUUUAUAUCUGGAAGCACACCUGAAAGUGAAGGUCAGAAGCAUGAUCCUAAAUGUGACCAAUUAAGUAAUAAUGAUGCUUCAACUGGCUUAAAAGAUGUUUCUGCCUCCGGAAGUUCUGUGAGUUGUUUAAGUGGAGGAACAGUGGCAAAGCCUGAGUGUGUUCAGGAAAAUGCUCUAAGAUCUGGUGAGAAGCAUGAUGCAACUGAGGGUGACAAAGCUGUUCCACUUGGAUUAGGACUGGCAGGUUUGGAACGUAAGAGACGAGGCAGGCCACAAAAAUCACAGGUCCUGGGUGGUGAUGGUGGUACAGCCAGUGCUUCUGUUGAUCAAGAUCGGCAGAUUAGAACAAGCGGCCAACAGCUACUGCAAUCUCUAGCAUCUCAUAGCUCUGCUGCAAAUAGUAUGAAUGCAAAUGAACAGCUCCUAGGACAACUUCCCUCUGUAGUUGGGCAGGUCAUGGAUAGUAGACCUCUGGGAGGGCAAGGUUCUGAUGACCAGAUUGAUAUGGCGAGUGUUAUGUCUCAGGUCUUGCAAACUCCUGCUUUGAAUGGUUUAUUGGCAGGUGUUUCAGAACAAACUGGGGCUGGCUCUCCGGAUGUCUUGAGGAAUAUGUUGCAACAGUUCACUGAGAGCCCACAGAUGAGGAAUACGAUCAAUCAAAUUGCCCAACAGGUUGACAGCCAAGAUCUUGGAAACAUGUUCACUGGGCUUGGAAGAGGCCAAGGUGGUGGCCUUGAUUUGUCUAGGAUGUUCCAACAGAUGAUGCCCAUUGUAUCCCGAGCCAUCGGCGGUGGGUCAACCACCUCUCAACUUUUUCCUUCUGCUGAAGCCGUAACCCAGCCAGAAUUUAAUGGGAGGAUGCUGAGCAGAGAUGACAAACCUAAUGAACAUAAUGUCCAGAUCAACCUUCAACAGGUGGCUCAGGGGAUUGAAAACCUGAAUCCACCUCAAAAUGUUUUCCGUUCUGUAGUUGAAAAUGCAGUUCAGUUAUCUGGCAGUGAAGGUGGUUUUGAAGGUCUUGUGGAUGAGUUGUGCAGUGAUGAAGGUCUUGCUAAUGAAUAUAUAGAGAUGUUACGGCAUGAACUAAAUCGCCGAGUUCAGGGUGACCCUGGGCAGGACAACUAGUAACUAGAGCCCACAAACUCAAGUUGGCAUGGUUGUGAUUUCUGGAUGUCAUUGUGAGGAUUAUGGAAGGAGGUUGGGUUUGACGGUAAUUGACUUCGCCAGGGUUUUUAUUAAAUGGUUCAGUUACUCAGAAUCGUUGUAUAAUUUAGGUUUUUGGCUUGAUGUGCUUCUAAAUUGUGGUUGGUCUUCUUGUUGCUGGCACACUCAUCUGGUUUAUUGUGUAUCAAAUCAUUAAUUUAUUAAUACAUGCUAUAUAGGUUACAAAUUAA